AUGAUCAGAAAUCCGAAUUACACAAGCUUUGUUUGCUGUGCUGUUUGUAAUAAAAUAAUUCCACCAGCCCCUUUUGGGGAAACCUUCAAACGGAUCCAUGAAUACAAGCCAUUUAAGACCCGCUUUUACACUCACAAAGAUAUACUGGAUAUCGGGGCAGAUAUUCUGAGUAAAGAAGAGCAAUUUCAAGAGGCAGCACUCAAAGAACUUAUUGCAAAAGCAGAAGCUGACGUAUGGGUUCAGGCUGAUGAACGUCAAAAACAAGCAGUCGAGAAAGCACUUGAGGAAGCAAAUAACCAACACAAGAUUGAUAUUCAGAUUCUGAAAGAAGCACACCAAAAAGAUUUACAGGAAAUGGCAGCCAAAACCAAGAUAGAGGUGCACCAAAACAUGGAAGACACACUACAAAGAGAACACUUGGCUGCGGAACAACGCAUGGUGCAUAGAAUCCAGAGGAUUAUGAUGGAGUGCCACAGGGAGAAGGUCCAGGCUGUGGAGAAGGCUAGGGCUGAAGAGAGACAGAUGGCCCAAGAAGCAAUGCAGGCCCAGAAAAGAAAAGCCAUGGAGGAAAUUCUGAAUACUGGUAUAACAGCUAUAAAGGAUCAGAGCAAGAGUUUGAACCAAAUGAUAAAAGAAAAAGAACAUGAGAUGAACGUGUACUAUUGCAUGGCUCAGAGACAGAAGCAAGAAGAGGUCCAGGAAGUGCUUCAAGAAGCAGAGAAGACACAUAAGACCACGCUUGGAAAUGUUAUGGAUAAACUCGUUGACACUCAGGGGGAGCUGCUAUCCGUAGCGAAACAACUGGGCAUUAUGACAAACUGGAAAGAUUUCCUGGAGGAGGAAUUACAGGAAACAAGGGAAGCAUUUCAAAAAUACAUCAAUUAUACAUUUCCUAAGCUUUCGCCAGGACAUGCAGAUUUUAUUCUACCAGAAAGAAAGAAAACACCUUCCAGUCUUCUUAUUCAGGAGAAUGAAACAACUCUCGAUUAGAAGUCUUUGACUGAAAUUUCACUACAAAAGUCAAUGUUCCAAAGACUAAAUAAAUCAACUAAAAACCCAC